CAUUUUCCGUCCCGAUGAGUCGAUUGUCAAUUCUCGUCGUGUACACUGGUCCUUUAAGCCGUCGGGCCGAUAAACAAAAGCACCCAUUGAAAUAGUGUUUUCGGCAGUGAAAAAAAAACACAUUUCGUUGUGAAAAUGGUUCCCUUGAGAUAUAUACCGUGUACUUUAAGUGCUAGUUGGUGUGAAAAGUGUUAAAUCCCUGCAGAAGCGGGGGUUUUCAGCUCGCUGUAAAUUUUACAAUUUUCAUUCCUAGGAAAAAGAGGAACGACCCGCUGCGGUAGUGUUGGUUGGCUUGUAGCGUGUAAACAUACGAGCCGCACCGUUUCGUGCGAGAGAGUGUAUGUGUGUGUGAUCGACAACGCGGCGACGGUCGGAACGACGGCAUCUGCCACCACACCAUCCAUCGGAAGGAGGAAGGAGUAGUGUGAGGGAAAAUGCGCGCGUUUGUGUAGUUGUUUGUGGUAAUAAAAAUUAGAAGCGCACAGUUUGAAGAAAAAAAGCACACCAGAAACGAGAGCAGCUCCGGGAAGAAAGUUCUUGUUUUAUGGCAGCAAAAGAGUAAUAAAAACAACACAACAAUUCUCGGCGUGAACGAAUCGUACGCCGGGUGCGUGCGUGAGCAAGGGAGAAGUGGCGGCAGCUUCUGUGGAAAAGAGAAACAGAAAAGUUCUGGCUGCAGUUGCUCCAUGCUAGAAUUAUGCUAACAAUUAUUUAUAUUGUGUCAGCAGUGUUUUGUUUACAUCGCCAAGUGACGUACGGAGAGCCAACAAAUGUGCUGGAGGAUGUGACGAACAAUGGCUUAACUCAGCCCUUGCCGGCGGCGGAGAAGUUCAUCCGCCAGAAGAAAACCGAGAAGCUAUCGUUUCGCGAUGACGAGGAAAAAAUCCAACUGGGUGUGUGCCAGGUUUACACCGGCACAACCUGCGAGGAAUAUCUCCGCAAUCAGACCGUAUUCAUCACGCCAGACAUCACGAUGGACAUCUUGGAGGAACGACUCAAGGCCGCCUACGGAGUUAUCAAAGACUCCAAGGAUAUGAAUGCCAACUGUAGGGUUUAUGCGUUACCGAGCUUGUGCUACAGUAUUUUACCAAUAUGCCAAACGCCGGAGAAAACCAAUCAUCAGUACUUUGCGAACAAAGCAGCGGCAGAGAAAGCCCGACGCGGUAACGGAUCCGGACGGACGAUGUACAAAUCGCACGAGAAAAAGAACAAUCGCAAGGCAUCGUUGAAAACGGGCACAACGGCGACCGUGACGACCACAACGGAAAGAUUGAAGGUGUACUUCAGUGGUGGUGUCACUCCUGACACCAACGGAAGUGAUUUCAACGGGGAGAUUGUUACGAGUAAUUCGUUGGAUGAGGGUACUAGGAGACGAAGGUCGAGUGGCAAUUUCUAUGAGAAAAAGCAAAACUUUCUUCAACAGAACACCUACGGAACAGACGGAGUGUAUCACUCAUCCUACACGGCCAAUGUCAACAGCAAGAAAAAUUACCCUCCCACGAGAAACACCGAAAAUUUGAAAAGAAUCUGCCGUAACGAUUGCGAACUGUUGGAGAACGAACUGUGCCAGAACGAGUACGCGAUUGCCAAACGCCAUCCGACGAUUGGACAGAAGUUGCCGCUUGAAGAGUGCGAUGAUCUUCCUCUUCAGAACUCCGUCGAUGACACCAUUUUGAAUGGUAUCGGUGGCAUUGGCAGUUCCGGUGAUGUGGAGUGCAUGCGAUUGGGGAUCAAGGUGGAUAUCACCCCGGAGGAUGACUGCUAUUGGGAGAAUGGCGUGAGCUACAGAGGUAUCCUAGACACAUCCGUGUCCGGCAAACGCUGCAUGCGAUGGUCCAGAUUGAUGAGGGAAAUUUCCAAUUACCCUGAGCUUGCUGGUCACAACUACUGCCGAAAUCCGGGAGGAGAGCUUCAAUCACCUUGGUGCUACACAGAUCUCAAAAAGACGAUGGAAUUCUGUGACAUUGCAAAAUGCUCCGAGCGUAUGUGGCUCUACGUAAUAGUUUGUUUCGUUACUUUCGCUGGGUCGAUAGUAAUCGCCAUCACAGUCGUUUGUUGUCGAAAGUACAGAAAACAUGGUGUGUCAAACAUUCAAAAUAUCAACCUGCCCAACGCGGAUAAGAACAUUUACGGAAACUCGCGUCACAACUCGCCAAUAGAGAUGACUUCGCUGAUAGCGAACCAGAAUUCGACGGGAGCCAUCAGCAGAAACACGGAGAAUGGUGGUAUCCAAGGUUUAACCAGUGGCCAACCGGGAAAUCAGCGUCAAACGUCGCAAUCCCGCAACAAUGGAAUCGCACGGGUUCCACAGUACAACUUGCAGGAUGUUCGUUUCGUUGAGGAACUGGGAGAGGGCGCCUUCGGGAAAGUCUACAAAGGUGAACUGACUCAGAAAGAUGGCGAGAAGAUUUUCGUUGCGGUUAAGGCGCUCAAAGAGAAUGCCAGCGCUAAAACGCAGGCCGAUUUCAAGCGGGAAAUCGAGCUGAUCUCCGAUCUCAAACAUGAUAACAUUGUGUGCAUUUUGGGAGUGGUGCUGAAGGAGGAGCCUCUGUGCAUGCUGUUCGAAUACAUGGCACAAGGAGAUUUACACGAGUUUCUUAUCGCGAAUUCUCCCAACGAAAGCAAGCAGUUGACGCAGCUGCAAUUCCUGCUGAUUGCACAACAGAUUUGCGAUGGAAUGGAAUAUCUGGCCAGUCAUCACUAUGUACAUCGGGACUUGGCUGCAAGAAACUGUUUGGUGGGCGAUAAUCUGACCGUGAAAAUAUCCGAUUUCGGACUGUCACGGGAUAUUUACAGUUCUGAUUACUAUCGCGUACAAUCUAAAUCAUUGCUACCCGUCCGUUGGAUGCCGUCCGAAUCCAUUUUGUACGGUAAGUUCACAACCGAAAGCGAUGUUUGGUCUUUUGGAGUGGUGUUGUGGGAAAUAUAUAGCUACGGAUUGCAACCGUAUUAUGGGUACAGUAAUCAGGAAGUCAUCAAUAUGGUCCGGGCCAGACAGCUAUUGCCGUGCCCAGAGGCUUGUCCAAGCGCCGUUUACUCCUUGAUGGUGGAGUGCUGGCAUGAGCAAGCCGUACGUCGUCCAACGUUCCCGGAAAUCGGACACCGACUAAAGAUUUGGUACCAAGCACAAAAAAGAAGUGAACAAAACGAACAAGGUUUUAACCGAAAAGGAUCCGUCUUAAGUGUAAACAAUCAACGAAUAUCCUCACAGGGAAACCUCAACGCAGUAAUACCUUCAUCCAGUCACCACUCCUUGAAUAAAAAUGCUCCAACCGAUGCUCAACAACAAUCCUCCCAUCAACCUCGCAAGCAUCAUCAUUCCCUAGAGCGGGAGAAAAUCCUUCGAACGAGUCAACAACAAUCUCUCCAGCAAACACCACAUAAUCAUCAUCACCAUCAUCACACUCGCUCCCAUCAUCAGCAUCACAGCUCACUUGACCGUUCCAACAGUGGAAAGUCGGAGGAAAGCGAACAAUUUGAAACCCAAAGUAACCGCAGUUUUUACCACAAUACCGGCACCAGUCGUAGUAGUAAAAGUAUACACUCUAUGCAAGAAAAUCCCCACCCUCAGUCACAUCUGCAGCAGCAACACCAUCCGACACCUCAGUCAUACAAGAAUUUCAGUUUACCCCGGAAAAGCAUAGACAGCAACUUGGAAUUUGGUGAUGGGGACACAACGGCCGCCAGCAGUCCAGGUGCCGGUUUUUCUGGCGGUCGCGAGUCCAAGCGUCCUCCCAAAGAUCCUCACCGCCAUCAUCAUCACCACCAUCACCACGGUUCGGGACGAAGUCGACGAAUCGAUAACUCAGUAUCCUCCCUGACCAGUGAGGCUGAUUUGAAUCAGCCGAAUCAAAACAUACCAAAGAAUAGCACCCAGUCCUUAGCGCAGCCGGCAAUGAACCGGAAGCCGAGCAGCAGCGGAAGCAUUUUUAGCGUAGCCAGUGAAUCCAACAGUUCCUUUGCUAACUCCCACCUAGUGGCGACCUCUUCGGGAGAUAGCGCGAACGGAGGGUCCACCGGACCGGCAGCAGCAUUGAUGCAGAGCUCGUAUCACGAGUGAUGCAGCAAAAUGUGAGUUUUAGAUUAAUUUUUAUUUAUCAAAUUACUACAUUUAUCAUAGUGUAUGUAUGCUAGGGACGAGAAAACGACACACGAGCGAAUAGAUAUUUAAGGAAGCGUAACAAAAGUGUGGGUAUCAGGUGGUGUGGAUUCCUUUCUCUAGGAAUGGGACAAAUGGUUCUCACUAUCGUAAAGCUCUAGUUAGAAGAUAGCGAGAUGGGCUGAUGAUUUUUAAUUCAAUGUGUAACAGUGAUCUCUUUGCUUAGAAUUCCUGCUGCGGUAUUAUUGUCCCUGUGACAGCAUUUAGAAGAAACAAAUAGUUUGAAAUAGGUUUCGAAAAUUCAUUUCGCACAAAUUUAGUUCUUUAGUUCAGUAUUCUAGGCUGAUUGUACUACUUUAUUAUUUAUACUUGCCAGAGAUUAAAUAUCAAACCGAUGGUCGGAUCUUUUCCAUUUAUUUGUUUCAUUUUUAUUGUCAUGUUCCAAUUCCGACUGUAUGAAGUCAUCCAUCUCAAACAUAUUCUCAUCUUUUAUGGAUUAAUCUAAAUGAAAAAGGCAUAGCUAAAUGUCUGGUGAAAUAAAUUUAGGUAUUACAGGA